CCGCGGGCUUAGAUCGUGCAAUACCCGAGCUUCUGUGAAUGGUGUGCAGGUGUGCGAACCGCAGAUCCCAUAGUGACUGUGCCAAAGUGGUGUCGCCGUUAUGCGGUAAUUGUCCCUACGGCUGUUCCAUUCUCAGCGAAGCGCCCGUGCGGUGCCGGAGACUGUUCAGCCAGAGGGUUCUCGAUCUGUGACUGCACACACCUGUCACCGUUCGGUCUGCGGGUUCUCGGUCUGCGACCGCCGACACCUGUGGCACGGCUCGCGGUAACGCCUCGUAGCGCUCACCAGGUGCGCUUCGGCCGCAGUCAAGUGCCGCUCCGCUAACAAGUGUCCGUCAGCUGACGGGCAAGUGUCCGUCGGGUGUCACCUGGCUGCUCCACGUAACAGCGGUGACGUGAGACAGCCGGCUGUCUGGAGGACCGCUGCUGGACUCGGCGCCUCCACUGCCGUGCCGGACAUCCACCGGACCUCGUGGCGCCGGCCCGCACCGCGUGGCCGGCCGGUCAGCUGAUCGGAGCGGCACCGUGGCAGACAGCCGGCCGCGAUCAAUAUUGCCGGCCGGCGGCGACACGCGGCACGCCUUAUCGUGGCCGGCGCGCGCAGGCCGGCCGCCGCUCGGCGCGCUCUGCUCGUGUCUGUCGCGCCGUCACAGCGAUGGCGAGGAGGAGGACGCCGCUGCCGCCGCCGGACCCCACAUGAGGCCCGCACUGAACGGAGCACCGCCGGCCGUGGAGCCGGCACGCCCCAAUGGCCGCGGAGGAGGAGAGCAGGGAACGGCUGGCUCUGCGAACGGAGUGCUGCCGGGAACAGUGGGAGCGACUGCGAGAUGUGCACCAUCUUCAGAAGCUGCCGCCGCCCUGCCCCCACCGACCACGUGUGAUUCGUGCAGGACGCCUGUGAGUGUGCCAACAUGCGUCGCGGCCGGCUCGGCCGGCAGCCUGGAGCGCUCGCCGCGGCUGGAGAGACAUCACGUGAGACUAACCUCGCUGGAACCGGUGAGCCCCGCCCUAGCGCGAUGGCCCGACGGAACCCCAGUGAGAGCCGAGCGCAGCCCGCCCUCCAGACGCAUCUCGCUGGCGACCAGACGCGAACUCUUUCCACCACCGGCAGAGGAGGCUGUUCUGACCGCCGCGCCGCCGGUCCCCCCUCGCAGGACAGUGUCGCUCGCCGUGGCGCCGCUCUAUGGUGCCCCCCGCUGGCCGCAGAGACCGCGGGCGUACGCGGCACGGGCCGCCGAGCCGGUCAGGACCGACCCCCUGCGGAAACUCUCGGCCCAGUACGAUGACCAUAUUCAUCAGAUGAGAGAUGAACAGGAACGCGUGCAGAAGAAGACGUUUUUGAACUGGAUCAACUCGUACCUGAGAAAGCAUCAGCCGCCGAUGCAGAUGCACAGUUUGAUAGAGGACCUGAAGGACGGCUCGCGGCUGCUGGCGCUACUACAGGUGCUCUCCGGACAGAAACUGCCCGUGGAGCGCGGAAGGAUACUGAAGCGGGCCCACUUCCUGAGUAACGCCAACACGGCGCUCCAGUUUCUGCACAGUAAAAACAUAAAGCUAGUCAAUAUCAAUCCGUCGGACAUCGUGGAUGGCCGGCCGGCCGUGGUGCUCGGACUCAUCUGGACCGUGAUACUCUAUUUCCAGAUUGAGGAGAACACCCGCGUGCUGGAGCAGCUGGCUCGUCGCAGCAGCGUCACCGGUCAGGAGGCGCGCUCUGCGACAGCCACGCCGACCGGGACGGCGCCAUCGGCCGGCGCCCAGGCCAGUCCGGCGGCCCGCGGCGGCGCGCGGCGCACUCUGCUCAACUGGGCGCGCACCGCCACCAGAUCGUAUGGUAUCGACAUAAACGACUUCGGCAGCUCGUGGCGGGACGGAAAGGCGUUUGUGGCCAUCGUCCACUGUAUUAACCCCACCUGUAUCGAUGUGAACGCCACCGAACGGAUGGCCACUCAGGAACGACUCGACAAAGUGUUCAAGGUAGCUGAGGAGGAUCUGGGCAUUGCGCGCCUGCUCGAUGCCGAGGACGUGAACGUGCGGGACCCGGACGAGAAGUCCAUCAUGACCUACGUGGCGCAGUUCCUGCACAAGUACCCCGACCCCAAGGCCGUGGCGCAGCCGGCGACCGGCGCGGCGCGCUCCCCGGGCCAGGAGGUGAACGAGAUAGCCGACUGGGUGGCCAUGACGCGACAGGCGCUCUCAGCGCUCCGGCCGCCCCAGCAGGAUGACUUUAUGAGCUUUAAAUCGGUGAAGAAUGACGCGUCGGAGCGCUACCUGCGCUAUGAGAAGCUGAAGACGCUCGGGCUGCAGGUGCCCGGACAUGUGUGGACGCGAGUGGAUGAAGAGUGGAACUCCCUGGAGAGACUGCUGAGUGAGUGGCAGAGCCACCUGGACUCUCGGCUGCCCGAGCCUCUGCUCUCGGUCGUGCAAUGGAUCACCGGAGCGGAGACGUUCCUGGAGGCGGGCGACGACGCGCCCACAGAGGCCGAUGAGCGCACCGCCAAACUGCUCACCGCCAGCCUCGAGGAGCACAUGUCAUUUUUCGGCGAGCUGCCGCGGGUGGAGGCGGAGCUGCGGCGCGGUGCGCAGCUGCCGGCAGCCGCCCAGCUGCCGCCGCAGCAGCUGGCGCACAUCGACAAACGACUGAAGGCGGUGCGCGGCCAGGCCCACCGGCGAUGGGUGCGACUCAAGUACCUCGAGCACAGGUGUUGCAUCAUCGCGUUCCUGAUCCUGAUGGAGGGCCGGGUGCGCGCCUGGACGGUGAAGCUGGGCCACCAGCCGCGCGUCGAGCAGAUGCUACACGAAUACCAGACGUUCGUAUCGGACCGCAACGUGUUCCAUGAGUUCGAGCAGGCCUUCAUCGAGAUGAAACAGGUGGCAGACGCGUUCGUCAAGGAGGGCGGCGUCGGUCCCCAAGAGAAGGAGGUGGUGGUACAUUUUAUCAACGAGGUCGGCGAGCGGUGGCGCUCCGUCUCUGUGGAGCUGCAGUGCCUCCGCUCCAUGCUCGAGGAGGUGCUGUCCUGUUGGAAGAAGUUCUCGCAGGGCAGUGAGGCUCUCAGCUCGUGGAUGGACACAGCCGAGACAAUGGUGACACAGAGUGAGGAACAGAAGCUCGAGUUUUUCCAGGACCUUCCAUCUUGGUCGGAGCGGUACCAGCAGACAGAGGACUCUGGCCAGUUCCUGACAGCCGCCUGCCAGGACGACGUGGCCGCGGAGGUGCAGAACGCCCUACAGCAGCUGCAGACACGCUGGCAGCAGCUCUUCAAGCACGUGAAGCGCUACAUGCAGAGCGGCCAGAUCCGCCAGCGCCUGGCCGAGUUCAGCGAGGCCACCGCCCGGCCGCGGCGCUGGGCGGAGACGGCCGAGGCGCUGCUGACGGCGCCGCUGGACUGUCGACAGCCGCAGCUGGCGCACAGGAGGCAGGAGGCGCAGGAGCUGCUGGCGGAGCUGCCCGACGUUGAAGCCGACCUGAAGACGGCCGGCAAGCUGAUUCAGCUACUCGGCGAGGACGUGUCUCCGGAGAAACAACAGGAGAUGACACAGACACUGAGAGAACUCAGGGAGUCGGUGUCGGACGGCCAGGCGGGCUGCCAGCAGCAGGCGGACGUGUGCGCCCAGUCGGCCGACCGGCUGGCGGCGGCCGGCCGCGGACAGGCAGAGGUCUCCGCCUGGCUGGACGAGCUGUCCAAGCUGCUGGACGGACCGGCGCCGGCCACCGAGGCGGGCCAGGUGGCCCAGCGGGCCGACCAGCUGCAGACGGUGCUCUCCCGGCAGCUGUACUGCCGCUCCCUGCUGGACUCCACCACCAAGAUCGUGUCGGGUCUGCUGGAGGCGGCCCGUGCCGUGCCCGCCCUGGACACCACUCAGUUGGAGAGGGAACAGGCGGCCGUCAGUGGCCGCUUCGCCGAGCUCACGGCCGGCGCAGAGCGGCUACAGCAGGAGCUGAGCAGCUCCUCUGACGCGUGGCGCCGGUUCGAGGCUGCCGAGCGGGGCGUCACUGAGUGGCUGGAGGUGGCCGAGCAGCUGCUGACGGAGCGCGCCGACACGGAGGCCGCCGUCGAACAGCACAAGCGAGUAUUCUACGAGGCGCCCACGGAGCGUCUGACCGAGCUGAGCGAGUGCGGCCGCGAGCUGUUUGAGUCGCUGCCGCCGGAGGCCCGAGAGCCGGUGAAGGCCACCGUGGCCCGACUGCACGACCGAUGGCAGCGGACGGUGGAGCGCGGCCCGGCGCACCUGGCCCGUCUGGAGGUGCUGGCCACGCUCAGUCAGCUGAGCCAGCAGCUGACGGAGCUGGAGCGGCACCUGGCGGACGAGGACCACGCCAUCCACCGCGGCGGGGAGCUGGCGCAGCUGGCCGAGCGGCACCGCAGCACCGUCCAGCCGCUGGCAGACCGGAUCGGAGAGAAACUGGCCGACGCCAGAGAGACAUGUCAGCAGCUGGGCUCCCAGGACCGGGAGGUGGUCACCCAGCUCCGCUCACUAGAGGACCGGUGGCGUCACCUCCAGCGCCGAUCCGACUCCGUCAGCAGUCAGCUGGAGCAGAUGUCGGCACGAUGGAGCGAGUACGAACAGAGGCGCCAGCAGACGGCCGACUGGCUGUCGGCGGUGGAGCAGAGUCUGCAGACGGACAUUGACACGGUGGAUUCGCCGCAGCAGCUGCAGAACACCAGGGACCAGUUCCAGGCUGUGUUCGGUGAGCUGGCGCAGCGCAAGCAGACGAUGCGCUGGCUGGUGUCCACUCUGGACGCGCUGGUCACCUCCGUGCCCGGCCCCGAGGCCGAGACCCAGCGACAGCAGCUCUCAGAACUGGUGAUGCGAUACAAGGAGCUGGUGCCGAGGCUGGAGACGACGGCCGUACGUCUGGACGGACUGGCCAAGUGUCACUCCUACAGAGUCGAGAUUGAUGAGAUCGUUCGCGUGCUGUACGAGGCGCGUGCCGAGUCGGCCGCGGUGCCCACCGUCUGGGAGAGCGCCGACCAGCUAGCCGACAGCAGGCAGCAGCAGCAGCGCGCCGUGCAGCGGCUCGAGGAGCAGCGGCCGCGCGUGCUGGCGGCCGUGCAGCGCGGCCGGGACCUGAGCCGGGACCUGAGCCAGGCGCCGGCACUGCUGCCCGAGGCACUGGAGCAACUGGAGCUCGUCUGGGCAGAGAGCAACGCCGAGGUCAUACAGAGACUGGACAGCGCUACAGAGACGGAGCGGCUGUGGACGGAGCUGGCUGACCGGCGGGCCGACCUGCAGUGCGCGCUGGCGACACACCGGUCGGCGCUGGACGCCGCCGCCGACACCGCCGAGCCGGGCCCGGCGCUGGCCGAGCUGGCCGCGCACGUACAGACCCAGCAGCCGGAGCGGGCGCGCCAGAUGCAGCAGCGGCUGCAGCAGAUCGCCCAGCAGCUCGGCGGCCGGCUGGCGCCCGAAGCCGCCCAGCAGCUCAAAGAGCAGGUGGAGGAAAGUGACGCCGACGUGGCCGCCGUCUCGGAGCAGCUGCAACAGAAGAUGGACAACCUCACCAGUGCCGCGCAGACCUGGGCGCAGGUCAGCGACCGUGUGGAGGCGGUGCGUCUGGGUCUCCAGUCAGCCCAGCGCAGUCAGCAGCGGCUCAGCACCCUGGACAUGCCGCCCGAGACGCGCCGUCAGCAGCUGCAGCAGCUGACCCAGCAGCUGCAGCAGCACGCCGAGGAGCGACAGCAGCUGAACGAACUUAUGGACACGCUGCAGUCAGAGGGUUACGACGGCGGCCAGUUCCGCAGUGAGCUGGCUAUCCUGGGAGACACGCUGCAGCAUAUGAGCGAGGCGGCCGCCCAACAGCGCGCCGUGCUCGAGGACGAGUACAAACACUGGCAUGCCUAUCAGGAACAGGUGGGCGAGCUGGUGCCGUGGCUCGACUGGGCGGAGGAGAAGGUGGCCGCCGACCUGCCGCGGCCCGCUCAACUGGAGGAGGCCGCCGAGAUACUGCAGCAGUGCCAGCACUUUGAGGACCAGUGUGUCGACAAGGAGCCGGCCGUCAAGGUGAUAGUGGACGAGAGUGCCCAGAUGGUUCAGGUGUUUAACGUCUCGGACCAGGCCGACUCGCUGGUCACUCGCUGGACUAAGGUCCGAGAGACAUCGGUCGCCUGGGUGCAGCAGAUGCAGGGCCUAGUGACCGCCCUGCGGGACGUCCACACGGAGCUGUCCUCUGUACGUCAGUGGCUGGACGAGGUGGGCGCCGCUGUACCAGCCGAGGGAGACGUGCCUGACGCCAGCCAGGAGCUGGACACACUGCAGCCGGCGGUGAGUGAGCUGCCCGGCCGGCAGUCGGCCGUGCUCGGCCUCCAGCAGCGCUGUGACCAGCUGGCCGACCUGCUGAACCCGGAGGGCGCCGCCGCGCUCCGGUCUCACGUGGCUGCCCUGCGCUCCGAGGUCUCCCAGCUGAACCAGACACUGAGGCAGCGGCAGGCCAAGACGGCAGAUGCUGCUAGUCAGAGGGAGGAGACGUACCGUCGUCUGACGGCGCUCACCGGCUGGCUGGACGGCCUGAAGACCCAGCUGGCAGAGUUUGACCGGGUCCAGAUCGACUCGCUCUGGGAGUGUCUCACCUCGCUGGCCGCCAUGCAGCAGGAGCUCACCUCGAAAUUACCGAACUGCGAGUCCGUUCGGGAGGACGCCACCAGCCUCUACAACGAGCGGCCGUCCAAGGAGAACGCCCAGCUGCGCGACCACUCUGAGCAGCUGUGCGCAGCGGCGCGCCAGACGCAGACGGCCGUCACCGACCGACACCAGGCCGUCGGACUGUGGGCCGACCUGGCCUCGCACAGUAAGCGUCUGGGCGAUCAGUUAUCGGUGAUGUCGGACCGACUCCAGUCCGACUCCCUGACCGCCGAGAAGGUGCCGCAGCUCAAACAGGAUCUGGUGACGCUGCAGAGCGAGCAGGCGGCGCUGGAGGCGGAGGCCGCGGCGCUGGCGCCGGCCGCCGAGCGGGCCGGUCUGACCGUGCUGCGCGGCGAGCUGGAGCAGCCGCCGGCUGAGCUGAGCGAUCACACGCUGCGCCACCUGCAGCAGCUGCUGGACCAGCUGGACGAGCACGACGGACGGCUGGCCGAGCGGCAACAGGUGUGGGAAAAGUUUUGCGGCGACCGGGACGGCCUGGUCACCUGGCUGGAGGCCACUCGCAGUCGGGUGUCGGCCGAGCAGGCCGGCUGCGCCCGGCUGGCUGAGCUGCCCGAGCUGCUGUCCCAACUCGACUGUGCUCAGAGAGAGGCCGACUCCAGGACUGAGGCCUUUCAGGCGCUGCACCAGGAGAGUCAGGCAGUGCUGGAGUCGGACCCGGCCCGCUUCUCCGAGGUACACGAAGAGGUGGUGAACCUGGACCGCGCCUGGAACAACCUGCGGCAGACGCUGACCGAGACGGCAGCACGACACCAGUCGCUCUGGGACGCGUGGAAGGCCGUACAGGAGGCUCUGCAGGCUGCGAAUGCUGCCAUCGACGGCGCAGAGGCGUUCCAGCAGGGUCUGGGCACCGCGCCGAGCGCCGCUUCGGAUCUGGAACAGAGUCUGAGCGACGGACGGCGUGCGGCUGAGAAGCUGGCGCUGCGGGCUCAACUGGAGCGCACGCUGCCCGACCUGGAGUCUGCCCAGGUGCUCUGGGCGCAGGCGGCUCGCGCACAGGAUGAGGGGCUGCGCUGGGCAGCGGCGGCACAACAGACACUGCGCUCGGCCGCCGACGGCGCGGCCGGCCUGCGAGAGACUGCCGCGCGUCUGGAGCAGUGCCGACACGAGCUGACCGCGCACCAAACGGCCGCACGGGCUGCUGCUGACAAGGUGGAUGAGGUGACGCGCCUGCUGUCCGCCUCUGAGGUGCCGGCGCUCGAGUCGGGUCGCCGGCGGCUCGCCGAACAGCUGGCUGCUGUGGAGACGGCUUUGCGCGGCACUCAGACCACUCUGGACGGACUGGUGUCGCGGGAGGCCACACUGCGCGGCGCGCUAGGCCGCUGCGCCGAGUCGGCCAUCGAGCUGCGCCAGAGAGUGGCCACGCUGGACGAGCCGGCUGGAACGCCUGAGCAGGUGGUGGCCCGCCUGCAGACGGCUGACGAGUGCGCCGAGACGGCGGCCGAGCUGGAGACUGCCCUGGCGGCUGUACAAACCGAUAUCGACGCGAUGAAGGAGGAAGGACUACCCACCAGCACAUAUCAGAAGGAGCAUUCGCUGCUCGCAGCGAAAUUGAAGAACAUCAAGACACAACUGAAGCGGGUCACCGCGCUGCUCGGUGGCUCUCUGGAGAAGAAGUUCACCCUGCUGCUCAAGGACUCCAAGAAGGACCUGUCUGCUCUCUCGGACAAACUGACCUGGUUGGAGUCGGCACCGGCCGAAGACCGGGCGGCCGUGGAAACUCGGCGGGACGUUCUGGCUGAGGUCAGCCAGGGUUUGGAGGCGGCCCGCGCUGCCCAGAGCCGUCUCGCCGAGACGGCCGACCAGUACCUGGCGGCGCUGCCGGAGCAGCGGCGGCCGGCCGUCACUGCCGCCCUCCAGCAGCAUGGUGCAGAUGUGGACGAAGUCGCCGGCCGGGCGGCCGAUGCGCAGACACGCACCGACGCCCUGCUGGCUAAGUGGACCGAGUUCGAGGCGGCGGCGGCUGAAGUCAGCCAGCCUCUGACGGAGAUUGAGGCGUCUGAGCUGCCAGCCGGACAUCUGACCUCGCCAGACGAGAUCGCGCCGCACCGCGCCACCGCUGAGCAGAGCGUAACGCGCCUCCAGGGCCUGGCCGAGCCGCUGCGGCGCGCCGCCGCACUGGCUGCAGAACUAGCCGAGCUGAGCGCUGACUGUGCGGCCCCGCAGCAGGCGCGGCAGCUGGAGGCGCGGCUGGAGGCCCAGCAGCGGCUGGCAGCCGCCCAGCAGCGCCGGCUGGCAGCUGCGGCAGAGGCGGCCGAGCAGUACCGACAGGCCGAGCGGGCCAUGACCAGCUGGCUGAAGGAGUCCCGGCAGGAACUGACCAAACACGAGGCGGUACUGGCGGCCAGCCGACCCACCCUUGGCCAGCAGCAGCGUAUGAAGGAGAUGCGCGAGUCACUUGGCCGCUGUCACGACGGCCAGCAGUACCUCACCGCGGCCACCACGCCUGCAGAGCAGCUUCUGGCCGAGCUGGCUCCCUCCGCCCGGGAGACGGUUCGCGCCGAAUUGCGCGCUCUGAGAGACAGCUGGGAGAAACUGAUGGACGACGCCAACCAAGCUCUGAAGAAGCUGGAAGCGCUGGUGCUGCAGCUGAGUUCGUUCGACGAUUGCUUCCGCCAAGUGGUGACGUGGUUGGACGGCGCCGAGGCGCAGCUGGAAGAGGAGCUGGAGCCGCGCGCCACGCUCCCUGAGAAGACGGCAGUGCUGCGGGACGAGCUGGCUCGCCGUCAGGAGGUGCAGCUUCGUCAGCACAUGGUGGCCCAGCUGCGUGAGCGCGCGGAGCUGGCGGCCGACGGCGCUCCGCCCGCCGAGCUGGCAGAGUGCCUGCGCCGCUACGAGGCGCUCGAACAGGCGGUCGGAGCGCGGGUGGAGCGCGCCCAGGCGGCCGUGGACCGUCACCAGGCGCUGGCGCGCGCGCAGCAGGCCGUCGGCGAGUGGCUGUCCGCCCAGCAGGGUCGGCUGGCCGCCGUGAUGGCGGAGAACGAGCCGGCGGCGGCGCUACUGCCGGCCGUGGAGCGGCUGGAGGCGGCCGCCCAGGAGGGUCUCGGUCUGCUGAAGGCCUGCGAGGCGGCGCUGGACGCGGUCCGUCCCGACACUGCGCCGGAGGGCGGCGCGGCGCUGGACGCCGAGAUGGGCCGGCUGCAGGCCGACCACCACCGCUACAUCUCGGACGUGUCCGACCUGCGCUUCCGGCUGCAGGCGGCGCAGCAGCAGCAGCAGGCGCAGCAGGAGUGCAGCCGACAGCUGGGCGACUGGCUGCUGAAACAGGAGCAGGCCGUGGCAGAGCCGGCGCUGCUCGACACGCAGCCAGAGAAGGUGGCAGAGGCGGAUCGUCUGGAGGCGCUCUGCGCCGAGGUGUCUGAGCGGCAGUCGCAGCUGGCGCAGCAGCUGGGCGGCGGCGGCGGCGGCCUGCUGCAGCCGCUGCAGGCGCGCUGUCAGCAGCUGCUCUCCCAGCUGCAGGAGCAGGCGGCGCGCACACGGCAGAUGGCCGGUGAACACGGGGAGUACGAGUCGCGCCACGCCGCGCUGCUCGAGUGGAUCGAGGAGGCGCAGCGGCAGCUGACAGAAAACAGCGCGGUGGUGGGCCAGCUGUCUGUUCUCCGCGAGCGGCGCCGUCUGCUCGAGGAGCUCUCGGACGAGUGGUGCCGGCGCAGCGGCGAGCUCGACUCGCUGCUCACUCUGGGAGAGCGGCUGUACGCGCACACUGGACCGCUGGGACGGGAGACCGUCCGCGCCCACAACAUGUCGGUGCGCGCCGGCUGGGAGCGUCUCUCUGAUGCGCUGCAGGCCGGCUGCCAGCGGCUGGACAGCUGUCUGCAGCAGUUUGCCGAGUUCAGCGAGCAGCAGGAGCAGCUGACGCGCUGGCUGCACGACGUCGAACAGGCGAUGGCCGCGCACGCCCAGUUGCGGGCCACGCUGCAGGAGAAACAGGCACAGCUGCAGAGUCACGAGCUGACGGACCAGGAGAUCGGCGCCCACCACUCACUGGUCACCGACGUCUGUUCGCGGGCCGGGGAGCUGAUCGCUCAGACCCAGGACAACUCACUGCAAACUUUUGUCACCUCAAUCCAGGCUCUGUUCGACACCAUACGUACCAAGUCCAAGGAGAUUCUGGAGCACCUCUCCGAGUGUGUCCGUCGCCACGAGGAGCUGCAGACGGCCAGCCGGCAGCAGGCCAGCUGGCUGGCCAGUCAGCGCGAGCAGCUGGCAGCUGCCGACUCGGUCAGCGGAGAGCCGACGGCUGUCCAGCAGAGGCGAGACGCUCUGCAGAAGGUGCAGUCGCGCCUGCCGCAGGGCCGCCGGCAGAUGAAGAAAAUUCACGACGCCUGCGUUCACACCGUACUGGGCACCUCGGAGCAGGGCGGCGCGGCGCUCCAGGCGGCCGUCACCGCGCUGGAUGACGACUGGAAGGCCUUCGAGCAGCAGUGCGCGGCGGCCGACACGCGACUCCAGGAGGCGGCUGAUCAGUGGGCAGAGUAUGAACGGCGGCACCGAGAGCUCACCGCCUGGUGUGCCGAGCACGAGCAGCUCUUCUCCCAGCUGCAGCUCAAGGCCACACUGGACGAAAAGCUGGAGGUGCUGCAGCGACUGCAGGCGGCCCGGCAGGCCAUCGUCGGUCGAGAGGCCGACGUUGACCAACUUAUCGACUGUGGAAACGACCUGGCCCAGCUGUCAGGACUGGAGAGAAUCAACACUCAGGUGAAGCAGGUGUCGACGCGCUACCAGGAGCUGCACAUGGCAUCCCAGAGCCUGCUGACCAAGUGGCAGAACAUGAUGGACGACCACCGCGCCUACGACGAGAAGCUGGCAGAGACGGAGGCCUGGCUGCGGGACACGCCGGCCACCGAACAGGCCGACCGCGGCCAGCACCUAGUCAGCAGCCUGUGCUCGCUCGGGGAGCGGCUGUUCUCUGGCAGCUCGGCGGCCGGCAGGGAUCUGGUCAGACAGCAGAUGCGGGCAGCCAAGGAGGGCUGGGAGGCGCGGCAGGCGGCCAACCGGGCCGCCCAACAGGAGGCGGCCGCUCGCUCCCGGGCCGAGGAGGCCUGCACAGAGGCUAUCAGUCAGGUGUGCUCCUGGCUGGACGGCACAGAGCGAACCCUGGCCGCCGAACCCACCAGCUGGCUCGCAGCGGCCGAGCUCAAGGCCAAACUGCAGAAAAUCAAGACGGCCCAGUCGGACGAGCCGCACUACCGGCGCCUGCUGGACGGCGUGGAGCCCCGCUGCGGCCUGCUGCCGGAACCAGCCCGCGCCGCGCUCCAGUCGGCCACGGCCCGACUCCAGGCCGCCUCCGCCGACAGCCGGAGACAGCGCGAGCGGCUGGAGACACUGCUGGACCAGCUGUCGGCGCACCAGGAGCUGGUGCGCGCCCACCAGGACUGGCACCGCACCACCGACGAACAAAUCAAGGCCGUCUCAGACCCGGCCGGCGGCCGCACGGCGCUGUCUCAGCGGGCGGCGCGGGCCGCCGAGCUGUGCCGCCAGCUGACGGACGGCGCCCCCUCCCUGUCGGCGCUGACGGCCCAGGCGGCGCGUCUGUCUCCCCUGCUGCCGGAGAAGUGGCAGGCGGCUCUGCAGAGGGAGCUGCAGCAGCACCAGAGCGGCGCCGACCAGCUGCUGCUCGCCGUACAGGAGGCUCAGCACGCCCUGCAGUCGCGGCUGGGCCAGUGGUCGGCCUGCGAGGCGGCGCUCGAGUCGGUGGUCGGCUGGUUGAACGAGGCAGAGGCCACACUCAAGAACCACUACACGCACAAGAACACCCUGGAGGAGAAGGAGGAGCAGCUGCGCCGGUUCCGCGAGCUCAGUGCCGGCCUGCACCAGCAGGAGGCGCGGCUGGACAAGCUGGCAGCGGACGUGCAGGAGCUGAGCCGCAGCAGCGGCGACAACCGGAUGACGUUCAUCGUACAGCAGGCCGUGUCGCGGGCCAACAACGUCCAGGUCAUGACCAAGGACCUCCUGUCUCGGUACGAGGAGGGAGUAAGCCAGCACAGGGACUACGUGCAGCAGUACAACGCCUUUCUGGCCGAGUUCUCCGGCUACCAGGAGCAGUUUGCCGCCGUGCAGACGGCUCCCGUGCGCCGCUCCACCCUGAAGCAGUCGCUGCAGACUGUACAGCAGCUGCUGGCCGGACAGCCGGCCGUCAGCCGGCAGCUGGCAGCUGUCAGUCAGCUGGGCGAGCGGCUGUACGCAGCCACGGCGCCCGACGGCCGUCAGCUGCUGCAGGGGCAGCUGCAGCAGCUGCAGGCCGCGCACGACACGCUGUACGACCAGCUGGCGGCCACCGAGAAACAGCUGAUGCUCAGCGACAGCAAGUUCUCGGGUUACGACGAGUCGGCGGCCGAGCUGCGGCGCUGGGUGGACGAGGCGCGCGCCCGAGUCAGCCAGGAGCUCGAACUGAAGGCCACCCUGGACGACAAGUGUGACCAGCUGCAAUCGUACCGGCUGCUAUUGCACGACCUCGUGUCCCACCAGCAGGCGAUCGCCGACUGUCGUGAGAAGGCCAGCGCUCUGCCGGACCGUACUGAUGAGGUGACCCGCCUGCUGGACGGCCUGGCGCAGCAGCACCAGGAGAUGCUGGAGACCGUCCAGGAGCGCGUGGAGCGGUACGAGGCGAUCGUGGCUGACCACCAGCAGUACACCAAGGCCGUGCUGGACGCCCAGGAGUUCCUCGAGUCCACACACUCGGCUAUAGAGAUGUGGGGCCGUGCGCACGGAGAACUCGUUACCAUCCGCGCCAACCUCGACAAACUGAAGCAACUGAAGGCCGGUCUGCUGGAGGAGGCGGGCCGCGUCACCCUGGUACAGACCCUCGGUGAGAAGGUGAUCCCCAACACGAGCGCCCAGGGCCAGCAGAACGUACGGGCGCAGCUGGAGAGCACCGAACAGGAGUGGCAGGCGCUCAGCUCGUCGGCAGAGGCGGCCAUUAACGGUCUGCAGCGGGUGCUGGACCAGUGGAGUCGGUUUGAGCAGAUGAAGGACCAGUGGGCCGCCUGGCUCAAGGAGACGGACAUGAAGCUGCACGCCGUCAACCUCAAGGACACGCUGCAGCAGAAGAAGGACCAGCUCGAGGAGCUGCAGGCCAUUCAGGGUGAGGUGCGCGCCCGUGAGCUGGAGAUUGACGCGCUGACGGACCGAGCCGAGGAGCUGAGCUCGGCCUGCUCGGCCGGACGGCAGUCGCAGCACGGACAGAUCAUCGCCAAGUACCAGCAGGUGGCCCAAACCGUGCAGGAGCUGGUGGCGACGUGGCAGCAGUACGUGGCCAGUCACAGCGACUACAGCCGCCAACUCAGUGAGACCUCCGUCUGGCUCAAAGACGUCCAGUCCAAGCUGGCCUACUGCUCCGACCUGUCGGCCACAUCGCAGAAGGAGCUCGAGGCCAAACUGGCCACCGUCAAGGACCUGCUGCUGUACAAGGACGAGGGCUUCAAGCGUGUGCACGCAGCCGUCGACCUGGGUCACCAGGUGCUGCGUAACACGGAGCCGACCGGCCACCAGGCCAUCAGCGAGCAGCUGACGGCCCUCCAGGAGAGCUGGGGAUCCAUGGCCACCCAGAUGGCCGAGACCAAGAGUAACCUGGACGAGGCGAUCCACCGCUGGGCCGGAUUUCUGGAGGAGAUCCAGCGCCUGAAGCGUUCCUCGGACGCCACGGGCGCGGUGCUCCAGGAGGCAGCGCAGUUCCAGACCACUAUGGCAGAGAAACGCGCACAGCUGGACAGACUCAAGUCGCUGGAGGAGAGUCUGCGCUGUGAAAAGUACGAGGUAGACAGUCUGAAGAGCAAGGCGGCCGAGAUGUCGGCCUCCGGUAACCAGGCGCAGGCGGCCGCUCAGGCGCAGCAGAUCCUCAACCAGUACGACCAGACGGCCGACAGGAUACGGCUGUUGCGCCGUGAGCGGGAGGAGCAGUACAAGCACCACCGUAGCUGGAAGCAGGCGUUCGACGAGUUCCAGGCGUGGAUGUCGACAGUGCGGGAGAAGGUGCCGGCCGUUCGACAGCGCUCGUUCGGAGACCGAUCGGCCAUCGAGGGCGUCGUGGCUGCGCUGGAUGGUAUCCUGUGUAAGCAGUCGGCCGGCCAGCUGACCCUGGAACACCUGGUGCACACGGGUGACGUCAUGAUGGCCUCCACCUCCGAGCUCGGACAGAAGGAGAUCAGACAGGACGUGGCCAACGCGCAGAGCCAGUUCGAGGAGUUCUUCAACGACAUCCGUCAGCAGAAGCGUAACCUGGAGACGAUCGAGAGCCAGCUGAAGUCGUACAAGGAGGAGUACGAGCGUAUCUCGGACUGGCUCCAGGCCGCCGACGUCCAGGUCAAACAGCACAAGACCGUGUUCGUGGCCACGCGCGAAGAGAAACAACAGCUCGUCGAGAAAAUUCAGGACGUGUGUCGCAGUCUGGAGUCGGGUGGUGAAGACAUCAGUCGGCUGCAGUCCACGGCGUCUGGCCUGCUGGCCUCCCACCUGGAGGGCUACAUCAGCCAGCAGCUGCGACACCUGGCCUCCAGACACCAGGUGCAAGUGAACCUGGCGCGUGACGUGGAGCGGAAGCUGGUGGCGAUCGCCGACCAGCACUCGGAGUUUGAGGGCGCGCUGCGCCGCGCCGCUGACUGGAUGGAGGAGGCUCGAGAGGUGAUCCGCGGCCGCUCCGGCUCCGGCUCCGGCUCCGGCUCCGACGGCGAGCCCGACUCGGGACGGCAGGGCGUCGAACAGCACCUCAAGGCCAUUCAGGAGCUGAUUCGUAACCAGGACGAAGGUCAAACGCUGGUACACCAGGCCGCCAGCCUGGGCGAAAAGGUGCUCAGGAACACACACUCGUCUGGUCGGGAGGACGUCAAACAGGCCAUGAAGGACAUACAGAACGACUGGGACAGGUUCAUCAAGAAACUCACCAACGCCAAGGCCCAGCUGGAGACCAGUCUGCUGCAGUGGUCGGACGCCGGCUCCACCUACACGCGACUGCAGCGCUGGAUAUCGGACCGGGAGGCGCGGUUGCAGCAGGUGCUCGAACACAAACCCCGCCAGCGGCCGUCGGCCAAUAAGGAUCAGCUGGCCAGUCUGGGCGAGAAGAAGGCCGCACUGAGACGCACCAACAGCAUCAUGCAGGACAUCGUCUCGUUCCAGCCGAUGAUCGCGUCCGUGACAUCGAGCUCUGAGGGUGCGCGCGGCCGGCGCAGGCACGCCUCCGAGAUCAGCGACAAGUACGAGACGCUGAGCCGGCAGGCGCGCCAGGCCUACGAGCGACAGAAGCAGCUGGUCGAACAGCACGGCGCCUUCAUCGACGCCGCUGGGGAGUUCAUCACGUGGCUGCAGACGGCCCGGGAAAGACGUGCCAAGUGUGCGGAGCCCACCGGACACAGGGACGCCCUGGCCAGCCGCAUGACCGCGCUCAAGCUGCUAGAGGCGGAUGUCUCCGAGGGCCAGUCGCUGCUCGACUCGGCCCUGGAGCUCGCCAAGGCGGCGCUGCAGGUGGCUGAGGACGAGGACGACCGGGAGGUGAUCGAGGAGCAGGUGGCCAAACUGCAGGCGCAGAUGGACGAUUACAGGGAGUCGGUGGCCGCCACUCGGGAACUGCUCGAGUCGGGCGUGGUCAAAUGGACCAAGUACGAGGAGCGUCUCAAACAGUGCCAGGCGUGGAUCAGCGACAAGGAGUCGGAGGUGCAGACCUACGGCGGACUGCACGCCGGACUGCAGGAGAAACAGACCGCCGUCGAGGCGUUCCAGACUCUGCUGUCGGACAUGUACGAAUGGCAGUCGACGCUGGACGAGCUGAACGUGUCGGCCACGCUGCUGCUGGAUAACUGUGCCGACUCGCGCAUCGCCAACUCGGUCACCCAGCUCACCACCAAGUACAACGCUCUACAGUCACUGGCCAAAGACGUGUUCCGACGACUCGAGGUCGCCCAUCUGGAGCACAAGCAGCACUCGGCGCUCUGUCACGAGAUCGACGAAUGGAUGGAGAAGACGCGAGAGAAGCUGGCCGAGACGGCGCCGCUGACCAGUCGCCACUCUGAGCUGCUCACCAAACUGCACACGGUGCAGAGCCUGCGGGCCUCCGUCGAACAGGGACAGAAGAAACUCAGGUAUGCCAUGGAGCUGAAGGAGCGAGUCAUCAUGAACACGGCAGAGGGCGGGGGUACCCGGAUAGAACAGGACGCCGACACCCUGAGCGCAGAGUUCGACAAACUCAUCGCCGACAUCAUGGAACGAAAGAACGAGCUCACCGCCAAAAUCGGCGAGCUCGACGAGAUAUUCAAGGCCAACCAAACGCUGACUGAGGCCCUGGAUGACAUCGACGCCAAGAUCCAAGGCGACGGAGACCUGCUGUUCUCCGAACUCAACGAGAAGAAAACAGCGCUGGAAAAGUACCGAGCCCUUGCGACCGAAGUCCAGUCUCUGUCAAACCAAGUGAGCCAGCUGCGCACGACGGCCGACGCUGCUGAGGGCGAGAAGGCGCUGCCAGAGAUUGUACAGACGCUGGAGAGACACCGGCUCACCGCUGCCAAGGUGGACGACGCCAUCAAGGUGCUGGAGGAGCGGGCCGCUCAGCACGAGCGGUACGCGGCGGCUCACACUGCUGCCGCCGACUGGCUGAAGGCGGCCCGGCUGGGUCUGCAGCAGGCGUCGGACGCCACCGGCGCCUGGGACGAGCUCAACGCCCGGCUGGAGGCCAACAGGACACUCACAGACACACUGCCCAAAGGCAAGUCGCUGUUGGACGAUGUGGUCAGCCAGGGCGAGGCGCUGCAGGAGGUCUGUCCGGCCGGCGGUCACCAGUCCCUGGCCAGGGAGGCUGAGGCACUGCAGGUCGAGUACGACUCGUUGUGUAAGCUGGCGGCCUCCAGUGAGGCUGCUCUGUCCCGCUGUGUGGCCGCCUGGUCCGAGUUCACGGCACUGCACGACGACCUGCGCUCGUGGCUGGAGAAGGCCCGCGACCGGGAGCCGCCCGCCCAGACCGCCUCGGCCGCGCCGGCCGUCAACGGGGACGACGACCAGCACUUGCAGACCGUCAAGACGCUGUGGUCGGAGGUGUCGGAGCGUCGCCGCUCGGUGGACCGACUGGCCGACCGCUGUGAGACGCUGAUCGAGCUCAGCGGCCAGCCGGAGGUCCGUGAACAGGCCGUCCAGCUGCAGGCCGACCACGCCGCACUGCUCAGUCGGCUUCAGGCCACGCUGUCCCAGCUGGAGCGUCGCUGUCAGUCGGAGCGAGAGGUAACUGCAGCACGCGCCGAGCUGGCCACCUGGCUGGAGCGGAACCGCGGCACGGUGGCCGACUGCCGGCAGCUGCAGCUCACCGCGCCGCAGCUCACCGACAACCUGCACAUGCUCACCCUGGUGUCGACCCGUAUGACGGAGGGGCAGCACCUGCUGGGGGCGCUGCAGACUUCCUACACAGCGGCGGCCGAGAGCCGACCGGCCGAGGCCCAGCAGGAGCUGACAGAGGACCUGACUCGGCUCAGGGCAGAGUACGACCAGCUGGCCAUCGAACUGCAACAGGUGAGCUCGGAGGUAAAGUCGCGGCUGCAGCGCUGGGAGGAGACGGCGGACACGGUCUCCCAGUUGGACACCUGGCUGAAGGAGCUGACGACCCGGCUGGACGCGGCGCCGGAGCCCACCGCCGACCUCGCCCAUCUGAGGGCCACGCUGGAACGACUGACGGAUGCUCAGAAGCGCCUGGAGGCCCGCCGCCCGGACCUGGACUCUGCUCUGGAGGAGGCCACUCAGCUGUCGGCCGGCACCGAGCCCGUGGCGUCGGCGGACGGCGGUCCGGCGCUGCUAGCCAGGGCACAGGACGUGCGCGCCCGCUGGGAGGCCGCCGAGGGCCGCUGCCGCGAGCUGGUGGCCAAACUGCAGACGGAGGUGGAGGAGUUCAACGAGUACAACAGUAGCCUGCACGAGGCGCAGAAGUGGCUGCUACAGAUCUCCUAUCAGCUGAUGGGUCAGAACGCCCAGUACAUCUCCAACCGGGAGCAGACGGCCGCCCAGAUCGAGCGACACAAGGAGGUGAUGUCCGAGUUCGAGUCGUUCUCGGACUCGCUCCGCGAUCUGGAGCGCCGCGGCCACAGUCAGGUGGAACGGUACGAGGAGGUGUCCCCGGCCAUCCGCCAGGAGGUGGACAAACAGCUGGACAAUAUCCGCAGCAGCUACAGCUCGCUGCACGCCACCGCCCAGCAGAUCAACACCCGCCUGCUGGAGUCGCUGAAGAAGUUUGAGCAGUACGAGGCGCUGCUGGAGAGCAUUGGGGAGAACCUGUCGGCUCGACAGCGGCAGCUGGAGCAGGAGGUGGCCGAGCCGAUCCCCGACCUGGAGACGGCCAAACAGCGGCUGGAGGCCACCAGGAGUCUGCAUAACGAGCUGCAGUCGGAGAAGUCUCGCCUGGACACGGCCGUGCAGAUCUGUGAGGCGGCCACGGCCUCCAUCAGCCGUCCUUCCUCGCCGCACGACCAGCCGCCCGACACGGUGCCAGAGCGGGAGCUGCAGGUGCGCUGUCAGCUGGAGCUGCUCAUUGACCAGGCCCAGUCUCGGCUGGCCGAGUUGCAGCGGACCGCGGACGGCCUCCAGCGGCUGGACGAGCGGGAGGACGAGGUGCGCCGCUGGGCCGAGCAGCAGGCGCGUCUGGUGGCCGAGCUGGGCCGGCAGCGGGCCCGUCUGCAGCCCGAGCCGGCCGCCGCCGAGCUGGAGCGGCUGCGCGAGCUGCAGCGCACCCUGCUCGAGCGCGAGGCGUCGCUGGACGAACUGGACUCUGGCCGGAUGGAACUGGCCGCUGAGGUACCGACUGAGUCGGCCCGACAGGAGCUGGCGCGCCUGGCCGAACAGGUGGCUGAGGUGCUGAACGCUCGCACCACUGCUCAGAGCUGUGUGGAGGAGUACACGACGGCUCUGCAGAACUUCCGUCAGUGGCACCGCCAGACGUCCGACUCGCUGCAGGCGGUGGACAGUCAGUCGUCGCCGGCGGACGGCCGUCUCCGCUCGCUGGCCGAGCUGCGCCGCGAGUGUGACGAUCAGCGGCAGCAGCUACAGCAGCUGGAGCAGCUGGCAGAGGCGGCCAGGGAGCGGCUCACUGAGCCCGAGGCGCAGCACGUCACCAGCCAGGUGCUGUCCACGCAGCGCAGUUACGAGGAGCUGUGCCGCCGGCUGGAGCAGCGGACCGAGUCUGUACGCUCCGCCGCCGAGCAGGCUGACCGGCUGCUGGACCAGCUCCGGCAGCUGGCAGAGUGGACCGCCAACGCGCAGCGCACCGCCGCCGGCCUGGCCACGCCCAUCGGCUACACGCCCGAGGUCGUCACGGACAGGAUCAACCAGAUUCAGUCGCUGGAGUCGGAGACCAAUUCGAAGCGGUCGAUGUUGCCGCAGUUCGCUAAGGCCAUCUCGAGCCUGGCGCCCAACAUCUCGGCGCAGGAGAGGGAGCAGCUGGCAACCAACCUGCAGCAGAUGGAGGGUGCCGUGAAGGAGCUGAGUGCCGCGCUGGAGACCCAGACGGCCGCGCUGCGCCGCGCCCGCGCCGACCGAGAGCGACUCCAGAAGGCGUGCUCGGAGCUGCGGCAGCAGCUGACAGACGCUACCGAGCAGCUGCAGCUGCCCGAACAGCUGCCGCUGCCGGCUGCCCAGGUGCAGCUGCUCAUCGACCAGAGAAACACGCUGCUCUCGCAGCUGGAGUCGGUGUCUGCCCGGCGGGUGCCCGAGCUGCGCCAGCAGGCGGCGCCGCUGCUGGCCGACUGCAGCCAGCAGGACGCCGGCCGGCUGCAGGAGCUGCUGCAGCGGCUGCAGGAGGACGCCGGCGCGCUGCAGGAGCGUGCUCAGGCCGGCCGCGACCAGCUGCUGCGAGUGCACGAGGCGCGCCGCCGGCUGGAGUCGGAGCUGGAGCAGUGCGGCGACUGGCUGCACACGGCCCGGGUGACGCUCAAACAGGAGCCGCUGGCCGGCACCAGCCUGCACACGCUGCACGAACAUGUGCAUAAGAUGGCGGCGCUGCAGGAGGACUUUGACAGCCGACAGCGGCAGCUGGCCGGCCUGCUGGAGCUGAGUGAGCAGCUGCUGCCCGAACUGCGGCCGCCCGACAAACUCACACUCACCGACCAACUGAGCACGCUGAAAACACAGUACACGGAGGUGGGCUCCCGUAUCGAGGAGCGUACCGAGGCGUUCCGCUCUGCCACCGCCCAGCAGGAGGCCAUCAACGGCAAGAUCGCCUCCAGCGUCACCUACCUGACCGAGAUCAAGAAGGAGAUCCGGGCGCUGAACCGGCCGCUCGGCUCCGGAGUGGAGGACGCCCAGGGUAUCCUGAGCAGCUACGAGGAGGUGCUGCAGAAGCUGCGGGAGUUCCGCUCCCAGCUGGAGUCGCUGCAGGACCAGACGGUGGGCAGCAUCUCCGACCUCAACGACCUCAUCCGACAGCAGGACGAGCUCGUCAGGGCCAUCGAAAACCAGGUGUCGAAGCUGCGGAACCUGGUGCUGUUGCGCCAGCAGUUCCUGCACCUGCUGACCGAGAUCACCACCUUCCUGACGAGUCACGCCGACGUGGUGGCCGACGUGGAGCGAACCGACCGGCCGGUCCCCGACAAAAUCAAACAGUACUCGGCAGUACUCGCCAAGGUUCAGGACAUCGAGGCGCUGCUGGCGGCCGCCCAGGACAAGGGGCAGCAAAUCUCCGAGGAGGGCACCGUCAGCGACCGCAACGCCAUCCUGAAGCAGCUGCAGAGCCUCAAACAGCAGGUGACGCUGCUCAAGAGGGCUGUGGAGAACAAGAGGAGGCAGUACGAGGAGACGGCGGAGAAGCACGCGGCGCUGACGGACCAGCUGGCCUCGCAGCUGGACUGGCUGCACGAGCGACAGACGGCCGUCCAGUCGCGGCCCGCCCUCACCAUGGACGACGCCGAGCUCCACCGGCACUGUGACGAGAGCCAGACGCUGUGUGACGAGGCGCGGCCGGCGCUGGAUCGGCUGCAGCAGCUGGUCACAGAAGCCGACGGCCUGGGUCCGGGCCGGGAGCUCCCUGCCGGCCUGCAGCAGCAGCUCAGCCAGGCGCGCGGUCUGCUGCAGACGCUGCCCAACGAGAUCACAGACAGACAGACUUACUUACAGGAGGCGCGGCGCCUGCUCGACCAGUACCGCUCCACCAAACAGGCGGUGUCAGAGUGGGCCCGUCACGUGGGAGAGAGCGUGGAGGCGGCAGAGGAGGAGGGAACAGACGCCGAGCAGAGCCAGGAGGCCGUCAACCGCUGCCAGACUCUGAUGUCGGAGGAGACAGCCCGUCGCGGCCAGGUCUCUGAGCUGCAGGACACGGUGGACCGACUGCUGCCGCUGCUGGCGCCCGGCCCGCGCUCCCAGCUGGACGCCAACCAGCGCCAGCUGGUCGUCUCCUACGAGGCGAUUGUGGCGCGCGCCGCCGAGCUGCUGGAGGGCGCCGCCCGCCAGCUGGAGGCGCGUCGGCGCGUCGACGCCCUGCUGGCUCAGGUGCGCGCGGCGCUGUCGGCCGCCGUCCACCAGCCGACGCCGCCGUCCAGCCAGGAGGCGCUCCGAGAGGCGGCCACCCAGGCGCGACAGGCACGCGCCGCCCUAGAUUCCAAGCUGCCGCUGCUCUCUGAGCUGCGCACCUUAGUCGACUCCCUGGACGGCUCCUCCGGCGGCGAGGGCGGCGCGUCCGAGGCCGACCUGGCGCAGGACGAGUGGCGCCAGGCGGCCGACCGGCUCGACUCGGCCGCCUCACACAUGGACGACAUGAUCCAGCUGUGGCACUACGUGGAGCGCGAGCUGCUCUCCCUGGAGUCGGCGGCAGACGCGGCCUCGGACAGUGUGGAGGCGCUGCGGCCGGCCGACUCGGCCUCGGACCGGCACGCGCUGGUCAAACAGGUCCAGACGUGUCGUACAGAGCUGGGUCAGCUGCGCCAGCGGCACGGGGAGCUGGCGCCGCGUGCCGCCGACCUCCUCACCUACCUGCAGGGCGCCCAGUCGCCGGCGCACGGUCCGCUGACCGAGCGGACCCACCAGCUGCAGAUCAACAUCGACGGUAUCGUGUCCCGCCUGGACGAGCGUCACCAGCAGCUGCAGGCCGAGGCCACGUUCGCUGAGGAGGCGGGUCGGCGCGCGGACGCGGCCGCCACUCGUCUGGAGCAGCACCGGGCGGCGCUGUCUGAGCUGGACCCGUACGGAGCCGACCAGGAGGACACUGCGCGGCGACUGCAGGGUCUGCGGGAGGCGUCAGAUUCGCUCGGCUCAGAGGUCACUGCCCUCUGUUCGGAGGUGUCGGAACGAUACGAACACGGCACGCCACGCGAUAUCGCCGCAAAGGUGUCCCGCGUGGAGCUGCUCUGGGACGGGUGUCGGCAGGCGCGCGCCGACCUGGACUCUGAGACGGAGCGGGCCGGCCGAGUGCUGACCGAGUACCGCGCCGGGCUCGGCUCGGUGUCGGAGUGGCUGGGCGACCUGGACGUGCGGCUGCGCUCGGGCGCGCUGGACCCCGAGGAGCUGCGCGCCGCCACCGAGGAGCUGCAGGCUGAGCUGGCGGUGACCGCCGUCACCAUGGCCGACGUCAGCCGGCUGGCAGGCGUCAUCACGGAGCGGGCGCGCUGUCAGCGGCAGCGGGCCGACGUGCAGCAGGCCGUCCAGCGGCGCCACCAGGAGCUGGACGCCGCCAGACAGCGGCUCGAGAAGAGACACGCCCAGGUGAUGGAGUCGUUAGACUCGUGGAGCCGCUUCAUCGAGCUGCAUGCCUCGGUCCGCGACUGGAUGAAGAAGCAGGCUCCGCUGGCCCAGCAGCCGCGCACGCUCAACACCCUGCCAGAGGCCAGGGAUGCGCUCAACGAGUACAAGGCCGCUGUGAAGGAAUGCAAGUGGGCGACGCGCAAACUGCACGAGAUGGCCACCGAGCUGUCGAGUAUCGGCGAGACGUCGAGUGUGGACGCCCUCACCGAGCGGAUGUCAUCGUGCGAGCACGAUAAGAUCGAGACCGAGACCCUGCUCAAGGAGAGGAUGUCACUGCUGAUGGAAAUGACUGAGGAGUGGGAACAGUGCGAGCGUAAGAUGAAGGACGUGCACGCGUGGUGCGCCACCUCGCGCGCCGCGCUGGAGUCGCAGCAGGCGCGCCGACGGCCGCUGCGCGACCAGCUCGCCUUCUGCGAGAAAAUGUCCAGCGACAACGGCAUCCAGCGCACGCGGCUCGCCAUGGCCGUCGACAAACUGGGGGUCCACUUCCGUUCGGGCUACUUCGACGGCGCCUCGGUGGUAGAGGAGCGGCGGGCGGAGCUCGAGACCGAGCUGCGCGCACUGCAGACCACCGUUGACCAGCACUGCCAGGCACUUGGCGUGUGUGUUGCCCAGUUGGAGCAGUACCAACAGGACGUCCAGACGCUGCGCGCGCGGAUUCUGGAGGUGGACCAGCAGCUGCGCACAGUCUCUCAGCCGGCGCACGUGGCAAAGGACCGGGACGCGGCGCUAGCCCAGCAGGAGGACUGUCGAGAGCGUAUCAAAAGCUUGCACGCCAAGAUCACCGCCAGGAAUGAGCGCAUUAAACUGUUGAUACAGCGCGGUAAACCUGAUCCCGAUCCACUGCCUGCCAAUCCUUGACUGUGAGAGAGCGCGCGCAGGCCGGCCGACCGGUGCCUUUUCGAGUGACUGCUGUGUGGAGAGCUUUGUUCAGUGCGGCGCGAGUCUGCCCUGCGCGGCAGACGACAGGCGAACGUUGUCGUUUGAUAGAGCCUGUGAGUGCAUGGUGGUUGUAAUGUCAUGAGCGGAGUGCCAGUCGAGGGAAGGGAAGGGAAGGGAGGGCUAGGAAGCCGGCGCUCGGUGGUGCUGUGCACGAACGUCGAUCGAUGCAUUGCAAGGUGCAAGUUGGCGGCAGGGCAAUUUAGCCCCUCGGCGUUGUAUAUCGCCCUCGGCCGGCUAGCUCCUAAUGGCGUUACCAUGGACGCGAUUCAAAACAGUCGGGGUUCCGUACCGGGUUGUGAGCGCUCUUUGUGUCGUGACCCCGUACGUGUGUGGGCGCGGGCGGAGCGGGGUCCGGCCCGUCCGCUCAGUUUGUGAUACACGUGUGUUCCGUGGGCAGGCCGGCCCUGUGUUGCCGCCCAGCUCGCCCUGAGGGUGCAUGUCUGAGCGCGUUCAGGUAGAAUAUACACAGAGUCUAC